UGAAACAUAUAACAAUGCAAAGCACAUACUGUAUAAUCAUGGGUGACAAAUUAAAGGAAAAGACACGCCAAACGCUAUAGUUCCAAAAGAUAUCCCUUCAUUUGGGGUUUUGAUGAUAGAUGAUUGAGCUGUCAGUCCAAAAUCUCCCAUAGGUGUUCAGUUGGUUUAGAGCUCUUGACAGGAAGGCCAUAGAAUAUGAUGCAUGUUGUUUUAAUAUACAUGCAGUCAGUCAGCAACCCCUCAGUGUUUCACCAAAGUAUAAGGGUGAGGGUGAACUUUGUACAGAUUUACAAUUACUCUUGCAAUGCCAGUAAAUUACUCUCACAGCAUAAUAAAUCAACAGGACUUUUCUUACCGUCAGAUCAGGUGGCCAAGUAAGUUUUUCCUUUAACUUGUCACACAUCUGUGUAUCUAGACUAUCCAGAUGUCAUGUUCCUGCAUUUACACAGUAAACAGAUUCUUUUGACAUCACAAAGUGCUGGCAUGCCUAAAGGUAAAAGGAGUGAAACUAUUUCUGAUUAAUUUGUUCACUCAAAACCUAAAAAAAAUGGUUUUUUAAAUCACUUUUAAAAGCAGAUUGUGAAUAUUGGUUUGUUGGUCAAUGGAACAACUGAGCCGUGUAAAUAAACACAUCAAGCAAACUAGGAAUGUGAUACUAUCCUACUCGAGAAGCUAUUUGAAUGGUACAUAUCCCGAAAGGUAAUAGGGGUGGACUACUGAAGCUAUGUUUAGCAUCGUCUCAGUCACUGGUGCCCUUAAGAGACGAGUCAGCGGAGAUCAGCACCGUGAGGCAGGCAAAGAAAGUCUAAUGGGACUUUCCAAAUAGAAACUAAAGUAGCCGAGACGCUGUGUCAAAGGAACACAAACAAGCUUUUCUCUUCUUGCCGUGCCACAACGAGUCGAGAUAUGGCUACAGCUGGCAGUGUGCUGUCCAAGGAGCAGCUCCUUUGCCCCAUUUGUCUGGAUUUAUUCAACCAGCCAGUGUCCACUCCUUGUGGGCACAACUUCUGCAGGGAGUGUUUACAAAGAUAUUGGCAGAGCUCUAACAUGCCUCAGUGUCCCAUGUGCAAGCACAAGCUGUACAUGCGGCCUGACCUCAAAGUUAACACCUUCAUAUCGGAGGUGGCUUCUCAUUUCAAGGAGUUGGUGGAAAAGAAAAAUGAAAAUGAGAGCAGUGGUAUGGAUCAGUCAGAGGGCCACAAAGGAGAGGUUUCAUGUGAUGUAUGCAUUGGAAAAACAGUCAAGGCUUUUAAAUCCUGUCUGGACUGUUUGGCGUCAUUUUGUGAGACUCAUCUGGAGCCCCAUCACGUUCUAGGCACCUUCAAGAAACACCGCUUGAUUAAGCCCAUGAUAAACAUGCAAGACAGGGUGUGUAAGCAGCACGAAAAGCUGCUCGACCUGUUCUGUAACACUGACCAGGUGUACGUGUGCCAGAUCUGCAUUACGAAAGACCACACGGCUCAUCAGACUGUUCGUAUAGUGGAUGAGAGCCGGAACAGAAGGGCUCAGAUUGGGAGCACAAAAAAAGAGGUGGGAGAAAUGAUCCAUCGCCGACUGCAGAAAAUCUGUGACAUCAAUAAAAUCAUUCAAAUCAGCAGGAGAAACACAGAAAGGGAGACUGAAGAGAGUCUGCGAGUCUUCAGCAAACUGUUCCAGCUUGUCCAGAGAGGCCAGGCUGAAGUGGCUGAGGUGAUUGGUGCAAAGCAGAAGCAAGUAGAAAGCAUGGCCAGCAGGCUUAUCUUGGAGCUGGAGCAGGAGAUCGAUCAGCUGAGCUGCAGGAGAGAUGAACUGGAGCAGCUCUCCUUCACCGACGAUGAUCUCUAUCUUCUCCAAUACUUUCCAGCUUUCGCCACAAUGCCAGCCACCAAAGACUGGUCGGACACCUGCUUAGAGAGUACUGAAUAUGUGGGCAUAGUGAGGAGAGCGGUGAGGAGAGUAAUGUGUCAGCUGGAGGAGACGGUAAAAGCUGAGGUGAAGAGGCUUUGCGAGUCCGAAUUUCAGAAGGCUCAACAAUAUGCUGUGGAUGUGCAUUUGGAUCCCGAUACCGCUCAUCCCAAGCUGGUGCUGUCUGAAAACAAGAAGCAGGUCUAUCACGGUGACGUAUCCCUCAGCCUCCCUGACAACCCAGAGCGAUUUUACCCUUGUGUGAGCGUUUUGGGAAAGGAGGGCUUCUCCGCUGGAAGGUUCUACUAUGAAGUCGAGGUGAAAGGAAAGACAGAAUGGGAUAUUGGAGUUGCGCUUGAAACGGUGACCAGAAAAGGAGGGAAUAUGCUAAACCCUGACAGAGGCUACUGGGCGCUGGGGAUGAGAAAGGAUGAGAGCUACUGGGCUCUCAGCAACAGCCCUGUAUGUGUGCCUCUGAUUGAGAAGCCCCAGAGAAUUGGGGUGUAUGUGGAUAUGGGCUGGGGACAGGUUUCAUUUUACGACGUGGACUCUCAUUGUCACAUCUACUCCUUCACUGGGUGCACCUUCAGUAGCAGACUUCUCCCCUACUUUAACCCGCGGAGGAAUCACGGCGGGGUUAACUCAGCACCUCUCAUAAUCUUGCCUGUUAACUAAAACUUCAUAACUUGUGAUCUCUACUUGAAUGCUUCGUUUAGUUUUCAAUUUAAAAUUUCAACCGUGCCGAAAAAAGUUUCAACUCUGUAGGAUAAUACUUGUUGCUUAAUAAAAUUGUGUUUGUCGAAAUGAA